GUGAAAUAUUUGUUGAUGUGUGAGUCCAGUGUCAGUAGAAGUUUGUGUCUGUCAGAGUGAAGAUGCCCAUGAGACUCAGAACACAGACUGACAGAACUCCAAACACUCAUAACACAAUCUGAAGCAGCAUUCACACUCGACUCUUCUGGAAACUGGACAUCAGAGAAAUGCUGUUCAUCUUUGGACUGCUGCUGCUGCUGAUACCAACAUGUGUGGAGAUGUUCUGCAGGUUUAAUCAGACAGAUCCCUGUUACGCAGCUCUGGGUCACAAACUCUAUCUGCAGAUGGUGACGGAUGCUCGAGAUCAAGACCUGGAGUUAUAUAAGUGGAUCGAUAAUGGGAAAGAGAAAGUUUUUAGAGUAAAGAAUAACAAAGAGAAGAAGAAUGAAACACAUAAGUCCAUUAUAAACAGAUCUGAGUUUAUCUUUAAUAAUGGGACUCUGAUUAUAAACAGUGUGAUCAGAACAGAUUCAGGGACAUACACAUUAGAGCUCUAUAACUCAACCGGCACACAGACACAUGCUGUAAAUCUUACAGUGAUUGUUGAAGCUCCUAUUGGCUCAGUGGAAGUGUCAAUCAAAUGCUGGUCCAGUGUGGAGAAGCGAGCGUCCUGCUCCUCUGAGGGGGAUCAGCUCAUCUUCAGCUGGACUCUGAAUGGACAAAAACUGAAGGAUGGAAAUAACACCAUUCAUCUGGAUGAGGAAACUUCUGGAAACAUCACCUGCACUGUGAACAACCACGUCAGUCAUGGACAGAACACCAUUAGUGUAAACCGAUGUCCUGGUGUGGAGAUGUUCUGCAGGUUUAAUCAGACAGAUCCCUGUUACGCAGCUCUGGGACACAAACUCUAUCUGCAGAUGGUGACGGAUGCUCGAGAUCAAGACCUGGAGUUAUAUAAGUGGAUCGAUAAUGAGAAAGAGAAAGUUUUUAGAGUAAAGAAUAAGAAAGAGAAGAAGAAUGAAACACAUAAGUCCAUUAUAAACAGAUCUGAGUUUGUCUUUAAUAAUGGGACUCUGAUUAUAAACAGUGUGAUCAGAACAGAUUCAGGGACAUACACAUUAGAGCUCUAUCACUCAACCGGCUCACAGACACAUGCUGUAAAUCUUCCAGUGAUUGUUGAAGCUCCUAUUGGCUCAGUGGAAGUGUCAAUCAAAUGCUGGUCCAGUGGGGAGAAGCGAGCGUCCUGCUCCUCUGAGGGGGAUCAGCUCAUCUUCAUCUGGACUCUGAAUGGACAAAAACUGGAGAAUAGAAAUAACACCAUUCAUCUGGAUGAGGAAACUUCUGGAAACAUCACCUGCACUGUGAACAACCACGUCAGUCAAGGACAGAACACCAUUAGUGUAAACCGAUGUCCUGGUGUGGAGAUGUUCUGCAGGUUUAAUCAGACAGAUCCCUGUUACGCAGCUCUGGGACACAAACUCUAUCUGCAGAUGGUGACGGAUGAUCAUUAUCACGAGCUGAAGUUAUAUAAGUGGAUCGAUAAUGAGAAAGAGAUCAUUUUUAAAGUAAAGAAUAAGAAAGAGAAGAAGAAUGAAACACAUGAGUCCAUUAGAAACAGAUCUGAGUUUAUCUUUAAUAAUGGGACUCUGAUUAUAAACAGUGUGAUCAGAACAGAUUCAGGGACAUACACAUUAGAGCUCUAUAACUCAACCGGCUCACAGACACAUGCUGUAAAUCUUCCAGUGAUUGUUGAAGCUCCUAUUGGCUCAGUGGAAGUGUCAAUCAAAUGCUGGUCCAGUGGGGAGAAGCGAGCGUCCUGCUCCUCUGAGGGGGAUCAGCUCAUCUUCAUCUGGACUCUGAAUGGACAAAAAUUGGAGGAUGGAAAUAACGGCAUUCGUCUGGAUGAGGAAACUUCUGGAAACAUCACCUGCACUGUGAACAACCACGUCAGUCAUGGACAGAACACCACUAGUGUAAACCGAUGUCCUGGUGUGGAGAUGUUCUGCAGGUUUAAUCAGACAGAUCCCUGUUACGCAGCUCUGGGACACAAACUCUAUCUGCAGAUGGUGACGGAUGCUCGAGAUCAAGACCUGGAGUUAUAUAAGUGGAUCGAUAAUGGGAAAGAGAAAGUUUUUAGAGUAAAGAAUAAGAAAGAGAAGAAGAAUGAAACACAUAAGUCCAUUAGAAACAGAUCUGAGUUUAUCUUUAAUAAUGGGACUCUGAUUAUAAACAAUAUGAUCAGAACAGAUUCAGGGACAUACACAUUAGAGCUCUAUAACUCAGACGGCUCACAGACACAUGCUGUAAAUCUUUCAGUGAUUGUUGAAGCUCCUAUUGGCUCAGUGGAAGUGUCAAUCAAUUGCUGGUCCAGUGGGGAGAAGCGAGCGUCCUGCUCCUCUGAGGGGGAUCAGCUCAUCUUCAGCUGGACUCUGAAUGGACAAGAACUGGAGGAUGGAAAUAACACCAUUAAUCUGGAUGAGGAAACUUCUGGAAACCUCACCUGCACUGUGAACAACUACGUCAGUAAAAUAAAGAAGAAUACUAGUGUAAACUGUCCUUAUGUUGAGCGUUCAGUGUCUGUGGUGUUUGUGGUGGUGUGGAGUUUGGAGAUGAUGUUUCUGUUGACUCUGUUAGGAGGUUUUCACAUCUACAUCACAUACUGCAGCACACACACAUCAGGAAAGAAACAGGAAAUCAAAGAACAUCAGGGUGUGGAGAUGUUCUGCAGGUUUAAUCAGACAGAUCCCUGUUACGCAGCUCUGGGACACAAACUCUAUCUGCAGAUGGUGACGGAUGAUCAUUAUCACGAGCUGAAGUUAUAUAAGUGGAUCGAUAAUGAGAAAGAGAUCAUUUUUAAAGUAAAGAAUAAGAAAGAGAAGAAGAAUGAAACACAUGAGUCCAUUAGAAACAGAUCUGAGUUUAUCUUUAAUAAUGGGACUCUGAUUAUAAACAGUGUGAUCAGAACAGAUUCAGGGACAUACACAUUAGAGCUCUAUCACUCAGACGGCACACAGACACAUGCUGUAAAUCUUCCAGUGAUUGUUGAAGCUCCUAUUGGCUCAGUGGAAGUGUCAAUCAAAUGCUGGUCCAGUGGGGAGAAGCGAGCGUCCUGCUCCUCUGAGGGGGAUCAGCUCAUCUUCAGCUGGACUCUGAAUGGACAAAAACUGGAGAAUAGAAAUAACACCAUUCAUCUGGAUGAGGAAACUUCUGGAAACAUCACCUGCACUGUGAACAACCACGUCAGUCAUGGACAGAAGAAUACUAGUGUAAACCGAUGUCCUGGAACAACUACUGCAACUGUGACCUCACAUCUGAACCCUACAGUGGCCAAUAGCACACAGACUUCCAGCGCUUUUGUGUUUCAUAGAAAAAAGAAAGUCAUACGGGUGUCAAAACAACAAGAGGUCCUUGCUACAAGUCUGAUCACUCUGUGCUCGGUUGUUGUGAUCCUGAUUGUGCUGGUCAUCAUUGCAUGUUACGUUUACAAGAUGAAACAGCCGAAGCUGAGGGCAGCAGUUGGUGAAACAGAACUCGUGUACGCUGACAUCUCGCAUAAGAAACACAACAGAGAGGAUGAACAUAAGAGACCAGAGUUGACCCUAAAUGCAGAUGUGGAAUAUACUGCGGUCGGCCCUCAGACGAAUAGGAAGAAGCGGAAGAUGAAAGAGGAAGAUGUUCAGUAUGGAGAGGUGUCAUUCACUCCAGCUGUCUCAAACAAUCAUCAGUAUAAAGAACAGGAAGACUGUGUGUACUCUCAGGUACAGAGACAAUAGAAAGACAAAACCCUUUUAAAUACUGCUUGUCAACUAAAAAUGAGUCCCAAAUUUUUUGUUGUUGGUGUCAAAGGCGAUGCGUCCAAUCAAACUCGACAGUAUUUUGACACAAAAUGAUCUGUCACUUUAAAUCAGACAUGAACUCAUCCUCAAAAACCGUCAACAAAACUCCACAAGCUCAAAAACUAUCCACCUUUUUCCUACAUCCCGUGAUGCUUAGUGAGAAAUAUGGGUGUUACUUCCAUUGUCAAGUUAACACAGCUGUUGUUGCACGUACGUCCAUUCAUUCUUUCAUUGAGGUGUUGGGAUUUUGAGGAGAGCGUGAAUGAUUUCAUGAGGAUAUAUAUCACUCACUGUAUCAGUGUGUUACUGAACAUUAAUAUACUACAAAAAAGUCAUAAACACAAAGAAAAUGCGAACACAGAUACAGUUGAGAUUUAAUCUAAGCACAAACGCAACAUUUCGAGCAAAUUUAUCGGUUGUUUUAUUGGAGUACCUGUGUUAGUUCAGCUUCAGAUGUGUAUGCUUGUCAUCUUGUUACCGUGUGCAUGUUUAAAUCCGACAGACACACUGAGGAAGAGCCGUGAAGUUCUUAUGCUUUGGUAUGUAAUCGCUUUUUCAAGUUUUCUGAUCGGACGGUUGUUUCCUUUUAAAUUCGCACAUUAGUUUAUACAUUUGUUUGGCGGGUGAUUGACAGGUGAGAGGUGGUGCUUUGCUUUUAAACCCCAAAUGCGAUGUGGUUUUUCACUUCCUCUGUAUGUGUUUUUUGUGAUCCAAUCACAAAACAUUUUGCACCACGUUUACAACUAUAUAUAGCGCUGACCUUUGCGAUCGGAUCAUCGGAAACUCGUCUUAUUACCAGCUGUAAACAGGGUCUUAAAAUGACUUGCAGCCAGAGCUAGGGAAUGCUGUAGAACAACUGCUAUCAGGAAGACUCGCAGACUUGAGUGAAAUUUAAGAUGACAUUUAUUUGAUGAAUAUAAAACAGAAAUGUAAUGUCUCUCUUUGGCGUAAGCCCCGUCUGGCGGUCCGAAGAAGUUGUACUCGGAACCGUCAUAUCCUGCCGGAGAUAGGAGGCAGGGGCGAGGAGUCUUCCCCCGUGCAGGACGGGACUCAACUGGUGGUGGUGGGGUGGUGGAGGUUGCCGUGUUAGCACACUGAAACAGCAAUGUGAUAGAUUGUGAGCAGACUUAUAAAACAAUAGCUUACAUGUGAUUGGCUAGGAGUUACCUUAGCUAAUGGUGCGAUGAUGUACAGCUGCUAGUCUUCCCGCUAGAACUACGCUGCGCUUACAUUUCCGGCGGAAGUCCCACCCACAUUCGUUUCCCCAGUAAGACCCCCAGGAAAAAGGUGGAUACAAUCUAGACUACAUUAAAUACACAAUAACAUGUUAGUAACUGUGCAAAGGUUGUGCCUAUGCAGCUUGUUUUUAAGGAUAUGCUUGUUUACUUUUGUACUGUAAAUGAUUUUGGUUCUGUACUGGGUCUCUAAUUGACAUCCAAUGUGAAAUCUGUUUCCUGAAUCAAAACCGGUUGAGAGGCACUGAUAUAAAACACACCCGAGAUAAUUAAUUUUAUUAAAUAAUUGUACUUGUGUAAGAUCACACUUCUACUAAUGUCAUGAAAACACAAAGGACUAGAAUAUUAAAGGGGUAGUUCACCCAAAAAUGAACAUUCUCUCAUUAUUUAUUCACCCUCAUGAUAUCUCAGGUGUGUAUGACUUUCUUUCUUCACCAAAACACAUUUGAAGAAAAAUAGAAAAAUAGCUCAGCUCGGUAGAUCCUUAAAAUACAAGUGAAGAGUCGUAUGCAUGAUGUUUAUGCUGACUGUCUGUUAUUUGUGGAGCUUUAAAAGAGAAAUCUCCAUUCACUUGCAUUUUAAGGACCUACUGAGCUGAGAUAUUUUUCUAUUUCUCUUCAAAUGUGUUCUGCUGAAGAAAGAAAGUCAUACACCUCUGGGAUAUCAUGAGGGUGAAUAAAUAAUGAGUGAAUUAUCAUUUUUGGGUGAACUAUCCCUAGUGCAAUUCUAAAUGUUCAAUUCAUUUCACUCUGUGCACUGGACAGUUUAUACAAAUAAUAUUCAUGUAGUAUUUGAGCAGAAUUUUUAAAGUGUAAAGUUCUCUGACAUUUGUUAAUAUUUUAGCUGAUACUGCAUGUUCUGUGUGAUUGUGUUACACCCAUUUUGCAACUAAAUGUUCAGACCGAACGCUUUUGCACUCUUGAGUAUGCUAGCUAAAUUGAAAAAAAGACUUGUUUCUUAAGAGGAAACCAAAUGUGUUAUUUUCCAUCAACACUUCUGCUUUUGGGUUUUAAAGUGAACAAUUUUUUUAAACAUUAGUGGUGAACAGUGUGGGGAGGUUUUACUAAAGGAUUGUUUGUGUAUCUCGACUGGUAAAGCGAUAAUAAAAUGUAUAGCUUCAAUUUACUUCAAAUUGCCAAAUGCGUAAAAGUCAGUCAAAACAAGCAUUCAUACCAAAGUGAAUUUCAAAAAAGUGUACAAAUCAUGGUAACAGUAUUUCACAAGACAGGCAGAAGAAACCUCAAACAACUGCAAAUACUUUGUACUUCUAAUGUUUAAUGGUGAAUCUUGAGGUGUGAUUGGUCACCUCGUUUGGAUGAGGUUGGACUGAAGCAAUUACUAUGACUCUGUUGCACCAUUUAAACGCAGGGAUAGAGACGUUUCUGGAGUCUGAACCCUUCAUGUGGAGAGUGUGAGUUUUGUUGAGCAGUUCUGGCCUUUUUGUAUUGUACUAUGCAUAAUCUAUUACAUUAAUGUAUAAUAUUGAGAUCAUAUUUUCUAGUUCUUUAGAGUUCUGUUAUGUAUGGUCUGUCCCUUCUAGAAUUAUUAUUAUUUUUAAUUUUUUUUAAUGUACAUUUAAGCUAGAUAAACAAUCCGAAACAGUCUCUUUUUUUUUUUUUAACACUUUUUU